AUGGCAUUCAAUCAACAUCAAUUAAUUCCAAAGCCGGACAUCAAAGUUGGUUUCAGACUCAAUGAUGAAUAUGCUGAUACUUUGCUUCCACGAAUAAGAAAUUUAUUACGUUCAAAUUCUAAUACGAAACGAUUUCCCGGAACACAACCUGUUGAUUUUGAAUUAUGUCAUUUCGAUUUAUUAGAAUCAGAAGAAUAUUUUGUACGAGAUAAAACUGACGGGAAGCGAUAUAUCAUGUUUUUCACCGCUAAAGAUGGUGGUACGGUAUUCAUGCUGGACGAAUCAAACAAGUUUCGAUUCCUGACUAAUUUCAAGUUACCACUACGGCAUAAUCCUAAUGCGAUACACGAUGAAACUAUGAUGGAUGGUGAGAUAGUAAUGGAAAUCGAUGACAAUAAAAAAUGUUUACGAUAUUUAAUAUUUGAUUUGAUGGUUUUGAAUGGGAGCAUUCUUAUAGAAAGGCCUUAUAACAAACGGAUGGGUAUGCUAAAGCAAGACGUGAUUGAACCUUUAAAUGCUGCGUUGAAAAGAAAUCCUGAAUUAGAGAAAAGGAUGCCCUUUACGAUGGAAAUCAAAUCAAUGGAGUUAUCUUACGGACUGAUAAAUACUCUACAAAAAAUUCCUUCGUUAAAAUAUGGAAACGAUGGUUUGAUAUUCGUUCCAGUAAAUCAUCCAUACGAACCUGAUAUUUGUCACAAAUUACUCCUGUGGAAGCCAAUAAAUCAGAUGUUCGUUAGCUUUAAAAUCAAAAUCAUCAAACCUAGUAGGGAUAAGAAGCCUAUAUAUCAAUUACUGAUCGCCAAUGAUGAUAACACCCAUAAAUUUUAUGAUUAUUUCACUCCAGAUCCGCAGACUGAGGUCGACUGGAUUAAAAAUGUUCACGAUGGAGAUAUUGGUCAAUUCUGGUAUGAUGAACACUGGAGCACCACGAUUUAUGAUGCUGAUCCACACAUCCGGCAUAAUGGUGGCUGGCGGUUUCGUAGAUUUAAACGCGGGCAACAUACUGCAGAUUCGGAAGGCGUAUUAACGGAAGUCUUAAAUAGAAUACAAAACGCUGUUCCAAGAGAUGUGUUGGAGGAACGAGUCACUGUUAUAAGAGAAAAGUGGAAACUUCGACAAUCUAACAGAGUUAGUGGUUCACAACCAUUACCUACAUCAUUAACACAAACCUCGUUAAUACAAAACAGCUCGUCAGAAUCGCUUCACCCUCCUCAGGAUUCAUAUCAACCUUCAAUACAGCACCAUGAUGUUCAUGAAGGUAGCGAAUCACCAAAGGAAUAUCAAGAUUCCACAUACCCUCCUCAUGAUUCACAAUUUUGUUCGAGUCCUCUGGAGAAAAGGUCACCUGUUAUUGAAAAUAGAUCAUUAAAUGAAAAUAGGGAAAUACUCUCAAGUCCAUUACUAUUACAUGAUCGUCAUCGAGAACCACUCCAGAAACAACCUUUGACAGAUACAAAUGAGCAUUUUGACCCUGAUGCUGAUCCAUGGGAUGCACCUGAUUAUUAUGAAAGUUCACAAAUAGUAAAUAAUGAAUCAUCAUUUCCGGAAGAUCAGUCCGAAUAUUGGGAGGAGAAUGAACAUCUUGAAUCGUCCGAAAGUUCGGAAGCAGCAUUGGAUAAUAAUUUCUUAAUAGAGAAAAUUCAUGAAUCAGAAGUUCAAUCACAAACGCAAAAACCUCAACAGUAUCAGUUAUCUAUAUCACCUAAUCAUCAAUUCAUCAAUUAUACACAAAUUUCAUCAACAUCUUCAAGGCCAACACCGCAAAAACGUAAAUCAAAGGAAUGA